AUGUACAGAAAAUGGUGUUUAUGCAGAAUACAUGCAGUGGGCCGGUUUAGCCGCCUCGGAAGUCACCGAUUAGCAUCUACGGGAGGUGCAAAGAUCGGUAAAAAAUUUGAGAAUAUGGAUCAAAUAAAGAAUUAUAUAUCAAAACCUGUAUGGUCGGUCCAUGAAUAUUUAGGCACAAAUGUUAGAGAGGGAAAACUUGAGCUACCAUCUGUAGAUGUUGUGAAGAAAUUGUUGCGAUUAUCAGGUCUUCCCUUAGAAGGAGCAAAGAUCGAAGAAAUUCAAUUGCGACUUGCCAAACAGUUAUCAUUCAUCAACAAACUGCAUAAUAUACCUGUCGAAGGUGAAAAGCAUACUAAGGAAUAUGAUGCUCGAUUGAUGCAAAGAGAAACGAGGCAAUUGAGCUACGCAAAGCUACUUGAAGGCAUCAAAUAUCAAAAGCAGGAUGCAGAGCUAGGUGAAGUCAGCGGAUCUUGGAAACCAACUGGACUUGCCGUGGAAUCCAAAAAUGGAUAUUUUGUUGUCAAAGAGGGAUUACUUAAAAACAGGAAGUAA